CCUCAAAAAGAAAAUCAAUGCAUACUUUAGGGCUGCAGGUUCGUGCUUUCCCGCCGCCGCUAUACUGCCACCGUCUCCGCCAGCGAUGGCAGAAGAUGAUUCAAAGCCUCUGAACUACAUCUCCGAAGUCAUACUCAAGAAGAGGAAAAGCACCGAAGCAUGGGCGUUAAGGAAAAAAGAACAGUUCCAGCAAAAGAAAUUCCAAUCCAUCAGAAAGCCCGAGGAUUUCAUCCACGAGUAUCGCAACAAGGAAGUGGACCUUAUAAGAAUGAAGCGGAGGGUGAAGAGGAAAGUGCCUGAAGCUAACUCCAACACUAUGAUAAUCAUUCGGAUACAGGGGAAAAAAGACAUGCAUCCUAGGACUAGGAAGGUGUUGUACAGCUUGGGGUUGAGGAGAAGGUUCAGUGCUGUGUUUGUGAAGCCAAGUGAGGGAAUAAUGGCCAAGCUGCAGAGGGUGGAACCAUAUGUCACCUAUGGAUAUCCUAAUCUUAAAAGCAUAAAGGAGCUAAUUUACAAAAAAGGACAUGCAAGGAUGGAACAGCGAAAAGUUCCCUUGACGGAUAAUAACAUUAUUGAGCAGGAAUUAGGAAAGUUCGGUAUUGUAUGCAUAGAAGACAUGGUUCAUCAGAUUUAUAAUGCUGGUCCACACUUUAAGGAAGUUGCCAGAUUUAUGUGGCCCUUUGAGCUGAACAAGCCAGCUGAAGGAUUGAAAGGAUCAAAAACCAUAUUCAAGGAAGGUGGAGACACAGGGAACCGUGAGGAUCUCAUCAAUGAACUAAUCAAUAAAAUGAAUUAGUGGCCUUUUGUAGUAUCAAAAUUUUGAUGUUUACUAUGUCCAUUGGAUGAUCCUAGGUGCAAUAUCUCAUUUUUGAAGUAAUCAAUUUAUUACCUAGAGAAACAUUGCCACAGGUUCUUGUUAUAGUUGAGUUUUAAGUGUGUAUUUAUCUUUACAGUCUUCAUUUACUUAUUGAAUUCCAUUAGGCAUUGGAAUGGGGUGGGGUGGAGAAGAAAGGGACGGGCAUGGUGUGCUGUGGGGCUUGAAUCUGAAUUCUCAAUAUAUUUUUAAUGUCAUGAACGAUGAUUCAAGUCCGAAUGUGAUUUUCAUUAAGGUGGACAGAAAUGGAAUAUCUGAAUAUAUGAAGAACAUUAUUGUUGAAGGAUCUUA